AUGACUCGCACAGCUUCAUUUAGCUUGGGACUCGCAGAGCUUCAUUUUGCUUGUAACUCACACAGCUUCAUUGAGCUUUUGACUUGCACAGAGCAAUCAACAGAACCCCCGUGUGUGGAUCAACUCUCUGGUCCUCAGACAAGUGAGCCACAAGAGAUUCUUCUCUGGGGAAACGUUUCCACACUGUGUGACACAACCACGGACGGCGGCGGGUGGGUCACAAUACAGAGACGCAGCAACGGUGACAUCAGCUUCUUCAGAAACUGGACAGAAUACAAGAACGGCUUUGGGGAUCUUUACACCGGUUUCUGGAUCGGAAAUGAUAACAUCCACAAACUGACCACACAGGAGGCUAGUGGAUUCAACGAACUUCGAAUUGAUAUGAUCUUCAAGGAAAAACCAUACUUCGCGCAUUAUUCAAACUUUUCCCUGGCAAACGAGGACGAAAAGUACAAACUGUCUGUAAGCGGGUAUUCGGGGACAGCAGGGGACAGUUUGACAUCUCACAGCGACAUGUUCUUCUCCACUCUAGACACAGACAACGACAAGGAUGAUAAAAUCAGUUGUGCACAGAAAUACUUAGGAGCGUGGUGGUACAGGAACUGCCACUUGUCCAACCUGAAUGGCUUGUGGCGCGGACCCGGAUGGGCAACCGACACAGUCUGGGUUAACUUGACUACUUGGGAGGAUGGAGUUCGGUUCUCGGAAAUGAAGCUGCGUCGUGUUUAG